AUGGGCAGAAAAAAUCACCCCUCUUUCCGAACCUACGAUCCCUCGCAUGGCGCGAUUGUUCUUUCACAUGUGUCCCAGUUCUCAUAUUCCUCCUACCCCCAGUUGAGACUCUCCCUAGAUUUCUCAUCUCCAUUUCACAAAGCCAUCAUCCCUGCACUCCCUACCUCCGCUCCCCAUCUCAAAGCUCUUGAGAUCAAGGGCAGCCUCUUCAUGACCGAUAAAAAUCCCUCAGAAAUUGAGUUGCUCCUCAUGAAUUAUCCCGAUGGUCUCACAGAGCUUUCUUCGACGUGUCACUGGCAUGAUAUCCUGAGCACCGUGCUCAACGUCAUUGCACCCUGGCUAUCUCUCCGAUCUCUCACCUUAAAGCUAGGUCUCAAACCCUUUGCCGCACUCACCCACUUGCACGUCUCAUCCGAUGACACUUUGAAAGUUUGGACCUUUUCAUAUCUUUCCUGCGCACCUUCCGAAUCCUCAAUUUUGAUUUUUCCAACACCACAUCCCUCAACCUCAAAACAAUCCACUUCAUGGCAGAAAGUUGCAGCCCAGCCAACACCUGGUCCCAAUUCCUCACCUCUCACCCACACAAACGCAAAACUAGAACACAUCAUCCUAACCGAGAAAUCCGGCUAUGAACACCACCCACACUCUUCUUUUGACUUUCAUCUCCUACUCGCGCACCAGAGUCUUACACGCCUCGAUACUCUCGUACUAUCCCCAGGCCGCACAUCCUCCAUUACACUCACCGACGCAGACAUUCUCACCCUCGCACAUACAUGCCCCCAGCUCCACAUUCUUGACUUGGGGUUGUGGAAUACCCCCGUAUCAUUGCAUGCUUUGAAUAUAUUUGUCAGGCGCUGUCUUAAGUUGCGCCAAGUCUUGCUCUGCGUGGAUGUGCGGGUCGAUGCGCUCGGAGAUGAAGGCAAUGUAGGUCUCCGACCUAAUGCGCGCUUGAUGACACUGGAGGUCGGGAACCCUCCUGUCGCGUACGUGGGCCCUCUGCGCUCAUCGCCAGAGCUGAAGGAGUCAAUUCUGCAGUUCUUGCAUGCGAUGGCGCCGAGGCUUAAGAGCGUCACAGAUGGGGCGUGGUCCUAUGGAACACUCGAGAAUCUAUGGCAGGUGGUGUCGGACGCUUUGUGGACGAUGGUAACAGAGGAAGAAGAGGACUGA